UGUGCGGUGCUGUCUGCUUGCCUGUGCCUUAGGGUUAUUUUGAAAAGUCUUCACUAUGAUUUUAGUGUUUAUCAUAAAUCAUCAAAUCGAUUAUGAAUUUCUUUCAUUGUAACGCUAACAUACUAUAAUUCUAGUCUAGUCUUCAAUUGCCAAAUCAUACGAUUUACAUUUUACAUAUUGUCUUUGCUCGUGUUACCUAGGAUUGAAAUUAGAGGUUAGAUUUGCAUAGAUGGGUAAAUCAAAGUUUUAUCUCACAUGGCUCAAGGUUUCUAUUAAUAAUUCUUGUCGUUCUGAUAGUUUCUGUUUGUUUUCAAGUGAUUGUAAUAUCCAAUGGGAAGCUGUUGAGGUAUACUUUGGAAAACCAAUCUCACCUUACAUUAUUUGUGAAGAGCAAAGUUCUGAUAGGCCCAUUGAAAAAAAUAAUAUCAAGACUGGAAUCAUUCCUGAUUGUGGGGAUGGUAUGUGUUUGUUGUAUGAGAAUGGCAAACGCCAGAUUAUCUGUCAAUCUAGAUCCUCUCUAUCACCUUCCAAAAGAUUAUAUGUGUCAAUGGAUGGUUAUGCUACCUCUUUGUUUCUCUUCUGUUUACAGCACUCAGAAAAAUAUGUUGAGCUCGUUACCAAACAUUUAUCACAGCAAUGGUCCAUAUUAUAUAGGCAGCAGAGUAUCUAUUUUCAGUUGUCAAAGAUGGUAGGCCUAAUCAAACUAUCACAACCUCAAAGUCAUGUUUUGGAUUUAAAGUGGGCCAGCAUGGCGUGCCACACAAUCCAUGAGUUGAGGCAGCUACAGUAUGCUAUGUCAUGGCUUUCUACAUUGGGAGGUGCUUUCUCAGCCCUGGGUGAAGAACAAGAAAAAUGUGCCAAAGCUGCUGGAGUGAUAUCUGUUGAACAGCUGCGAAUCGCUUUGAAGCUUGGAGACCAAAUCAUCAUCUCUCAGUGCAAACUCUAUUUUAGCUUGAGCCUCAUUCAGCGAGGCUAUUGUAAACUUGCAAAAAGAAUUAUCCUAGAACAAUACUCUAGUUUAAAAACAAGUAAAGUAGCUGAUAGGAAGACUCUGAAUAUGUGCAAAGGUAUUUGGGCGAGGUUGAAGUAUGAACUUCAAAAACGCAGCAGAACAAAUAAGAUUUCUCUAGUUGGCAAAUCAAGGUAUUCAAAAAGGAGUAGUUAGACAAUAGGAACUUAUCACCUGGAACACCUAUCCUUUUUUAGAUAGGCGAAUCUACAUCUUAAGGUAGGGUUUAUACCCAGGGUUACUACAAUAUCACAUAGCUAAAAUCCCUUAGUUAUUGAAGGUAAUAGCUUUGACUAUUAAUACAACAACUAGACAUUCCAUCGCCACGUUAAAGUUGUAGCCAGGUUUUUAAUCAAAUUUGUCUCAGUUGAUGUGAGCCACCUACAGAUUGCGCUGAUCUAAAUUACUGAUUUCUGCCGAUUACACGAUGGUUUCUACCAAGUGAAACUGAUGGAAUGACUUAUUAUGAGCUAUGGCAACUGUUGUGACCCAGCAACUAUGUCAGUAACAAAAAAUGAGGUACAAAAUAGAGUUUUAGACACUAGCGCAAUCUGUGACUGGCUCACACAACUACAUUCUUUUUUAGUAAAAAAUUGGCGACAGCUGAUCCAUAUAGAUGGGAUGUCUUCUUCUGUAUCCAAUAGUCAAUGAUAAUAGUCAUUAUGAAUGGACACCAAACAGAAGUUAUUGUUAGUAACCACAAUGUUACUGUCUUGGGCAUACAAGAUUAGUAAAGGUUGUCAAAAUACCUUUUAAUGGUUCAAAACCGGAUACAAAUAAUCCAGUUAAUCUUGUUGUUUUCUUGAUCAUAGGGCUUUUAAUAAAUGGUUAAGAAACAGCUGAUCUUUGUCAGUAAUAAAUCAACACAGAUCACCCCCACUCCAUUCUACACUUACCCUUCACUCUUAUUCAGCUUAAAAUAUAUCGCUGUCUUAAAGAUUUGAAUUGAACAUGCAAUAGUUAUUUGUGCAACUAGUGUGCGAAGUGGCACUUUGCUGCACAUGAGAGAAAUGUUUACGCACAAGCCGCAGGCGAGUUUGGAAAGUUUCUCGAGUGCAGCAAAGGCACUUUGCACUCGUGUUACACAUUAUAUUUUUCCUACAGUUACUAUAAAGUGUAGAAAUAAUUAGUCUUUCAAACACUAAACAACACGUUUUAGGUUAGGUUAAAUCCAAGUUUUGAACAAAAAACGAAACACUGCACCAGCUGAUCAUAGUCGUCAUACCUUAAAGUGUUGCCAACUUAUUUUCAAGCGUACAUGUGUCUAACAAAAGCAAUCAAGCAAAUUUGCAAUCAAGUAUUAAGUGUCUAACAAGAGCACAAUGGUUUGUGUUGUUUGGUUGGAAUACUGAAGUGCGGCAAAAGUAAGUAAAUGCAGCAAUUAGCAACUUUGCGUACUAUAAUCAGUGCAAGGAAGCCGCUUUGUCCUGUAGGAAAAAUGAAUUGUGUCCAUCCAAUCAGGUGUUUGAACUAUUAGCUCAGUUCACUGACAAUAUUGCGCUGCCAACACCACCUCUGUUCAACCCAAAACCGUAGUGCCUUAUAUUAGAACUAUGAUGGUAGAUGUUUGCAUAAUUUGUCCACUCUUAUUCACUUAAAAAGAACGAAGAAAAAAGAGCUCUUUGUUAUGGCUGUACACUUCUCUAAAGUUGUACCAUUGACUUUAUACAAGGGUAAAAGUUAUAACAAAAAAUCAAGAAUAGGUUUAAUGGUCAAACAAAAAAAAAUCAAGAAUAACAUUUCUUCAACAAUGCCUUGUUAGUGAGAUAUCCGCCGUUUUGUUUUUGGUGUUUCAAGUUUAUACCUCAAAACCUAUUUAAGAUAUCUUUAUGAAAUUAAGUAUACAAUAUUUUAUCAAGUCAUGAUCUAUUUUCCAAAAAAAUAAUUAAAAAAAACUUUUGGCUUCAGAAUGGCGGCUAUUUUUAUUUUUAUACCUUAAAUUACAAAAAAAGGCUGAUUUUGUGAAAAAGUGCCUUGAAGACUUUUAUUUAGCAUUUAAAAUUCCCUAUCAAAGGACACCAAGUUCAAAAGGUUGAAUUAUAAAUAACUGAGAAAUCUCAUUUUUUAGUUGCAAAAUGAGGCGAACCUCUAUCGCUUGCCAUAUUUUACCUGGCCUGUACAAAUAAAACCACCUGAGGUGUAUACUUCCUUUACUCAUCGAGAAAAAGAUGCAAAGCUUUGCUGCAAUCCUUCUCAUCUGCAAAUCUUCUUAUGGAAAAAUCCUCCAUGAUAUUCUAAACAUCUCACAGAGUUGAUCAAUGAAUUGUUCAGCAAUGGUCUUCAUUAACAGGACAUUGCCAAGACAUUUGUCUGAGGAGUUUCCUGGACAGGAUUUGUAAUCAGUUUAUCUAUUUCUAUAGUAUAAUGACCACAUUUAUAAUGAGUUGGGUUUAAUUAGAGCAGGAUCCCCAUAAGAAGUCUUCAGCAUUACAAUAGUUUCUGCAGCCAAUCGUGUGAGAAGAAAAUUUCAUAGCAACACAUUGGUCUUGACAAUCAGCCAUCACUUUUUCUCUAGAAGUUAACAAGGUUUUUACCAAAUUCUCUCAGGGUAAAACCGAGACCCAACGAAAACAAUAUGUACUGAUUAAGUGGAUUGAAUGCAACAGUCACAUGGUCAAAAAAUAUUUCCCUUUCACAUCCCAAUUCCUGUUAGUAAUGGGGUCCCACUUUGUAUUUAUUUUAGGUAAACAAAUAAUGCUUACUAGAAUACAGAAAACACUUUGUGUAGUUUUGUGAUGUGUGGGCGGUGGUGACCAUAUAAAUUUUCCGUGAUCAGAUACAGUAGAUGAUAAAUAUUAUCAUAUUAUAUCAUUAUGAUAAGGUUGUCAUUAUCGUAGUUGUUAUUGUGCUUAAAAAUGAUGUUGUUCUCUUUUGUUAACUAAUGAUUUUUUUAGUAAAAUGUUAAUAGUUUGGUAUGAAAUAAAUAAAUUUUCAAAGUUAUCCAAAUCAAAUAUAUCCAAACAAACUACAACAAUUCCUCCAUUCCAUAAGGCUAAGAUGAGAUACAAUGUAGGCUACUGUUUUUAGAACUUGAAUAUCUCAGUUGCCAAACUUCAUAGAACAAUCAAGUAGCAUACUAAACUGUUAGUUUUUCAUGCUCUUUAUGAUAUUUUUAUGUUUCAAGGUUAACAGUUUUUGGAAAAAUUAAAAAAUCUCAUAACAUUUUUUUCUAUUACUCAAUCUUGCUGGUUCAUAAACUCAUUAAAGUUAGACCAGUCUAACACAUUCAUCCCAAACUUCAUCAAAAUCAGAUUACAGUAACUUGUGUUAUCUUGUUUACUUUCAUAUGCAAAUUUAAAUAAAUAUUGUUUUUGUACCUUCAGGCCAUCAAAAAAAAAAAAAAAAAAAUCAGUUGCAUGUGUAGGUAUUGCCUUGCUAAGGUGAUCACUUUUUCUCUAAAGGGAAAAUUCCCUAAAAUACCUAUAGUUAAUCACCAAUAAUUACUAUUUAUUCUACUGAUUAAAGUCAUUUUGUUGAAACAUACACACCAUAAAAUAAAUGUAAUAACCUUCGUAAAGUUUUCAAGACAUACAGUGAAAUUUUCUUUGUGAAACCACAUUAUAUUGGGUGUUUUUAUCUUAGAUUGAAAUUGAACUACAAAUUAUGUCAGGUUAAGCUUCAUUCUCGCGACAUGGUGAUUUGUCAAAAGUCCUUGUGACCGUGCUCAGUGGCUCGUAUUGAUACAUGUUGUGAGAUCAGUCUGUCAGUGGUUCAUGCGGAAAGCAGGCUGAACCAUCAGAGGCCUGUGGUUUGUGUUGGUUUGGGUUCGGAAUGGCUUGGUGCACUGUUCUCACAGCCUGAUCAGUUUUUGAGCAAAGCCCUAGGAGUACAUUCAAUAAGUUGUGUGGUUGAAUACACCUUUAUUAAGACUAUAGCUGUUACCCACGGGCUUCACCCCAUUUGACUUCAUAAGUAUUAAUAAAACUAUUGAUUGGUUAAGUUAAGCUGAAAUAAACAAAACAGAAUACAGUAAUACAAACAAAUAAUCACACCUGAUAAGGUAAUAAAUUGAAAGAAUACGGUAACAUACAAAUAAUUACGGUACUGCUGAGGUAUUUUUAACAUUAGGUAUAUGGAAAGUUCCCUUUUAAGCAAGGAAUUACGACCUUAAAGGGCAAUUUAUAAAAUAAUGGAUAGUUUUGCUCAAGGUUUCUCGUCAUGACGAAUAUUUAAAGUAUAUGGUUAAUGGGGGUGUGACUUGUAGUUUUCUCAAAAGUUCAUGGGUACUUUGGGAUUUAUAUAUGGAUAUGGAUAUAUUUAUAUAUCAGGUAAUAUACUUUAGUUAAAGCAGCAUCAAAUAAGUGUUGUAGUAAGAUAGAACUAUUGUUGAUAAAUAAAAAAAAAACAUGCUGAAAUUCUACCUUUCAACUAGAGCCUACCAAGCUGACUCAACAUUAUUUGUUACAAUCUAGAAAUAUAGAUGUACAUAUUUUUCUUUUUAUAUUUUUAAAUACUGUAGAUUAAAAACUUGUGUUAUGUUGAUUAUAUUGUGUUGUUUAAAAGAAAUAUGUCAAUAUAUCUCCAUAGUCCUUUUAAAGACUGUUUUGCAUUGAGUGUUUUUUAUUCUCGUUUUGGAGAAUCUAGUCGCCUUU